CGGCUGCCAGCAACGGGGCGGAUCCCCGCUGCGCCGGAGCCCUGAAAGAGAGCCAAUCGGGCAGCCGGGGCUGCUGCCAAUCACGCGCCUCCCACCAAUCCCACCCGUGCCAUUUCCCAAAUCUCGGCCCCACUGUGCAGCCUGACUGCGCUGUGCGCUCUGCCAAUCGCCGGAGGACAGAGUGGGAACGGGAAUGAGCCGAGUUAGGAGGCCAAGACAAAGAAGUUAAAGAGCGCCGAGUACAUACAUGUUUCUGAAGGAGGCCAGAGGGAGAAAGGUGCCCCCAGUGAGGGCCUGUGGGGCCGAUUGUGUAGUUCUGAUGGAGCCCCCUUUGAGCAAGAGGACCCCGCCAGCGCUGAGAUUAGCGGAUUUGGCAACGGCUCAAGCCAGGCCGCUGCAGACCGUGACGGGCUUCCCGGCACUGGCCAGUCCACUCCCGCCGCCCGCCCACCCCCAACUCCGCGCCGCGGCCGCCAGCCUCCGCCCUCGGGACUCGGGCGCUGACCCCGGCGCGGCCCUCCCUCCGCUCGGACCCGAGCAUGCAGCCCAGGCGAGCGCGCUCGGCCUCAGCCCUGCGUCCCACGCGCCGCCCGCCCAGCCCGCGGCCCCGGCGGCGCUCCCCGGCGCGGGCACCGUCCCGGGCGGCGGGGGCAGCCGCGGCGCGCGGCCCUCGGCGCCCCCGCCCCCGGCCCCUCCUCUUCCUCCCUCCCCCUCGCCCCCUCCCCCUUCUCCUCCUGCCCUCUCGGGCUACACCACCACCAACAGUGGCGGCGGCGGCAGCAGCGGCAAAGGCCACAGCAGGGACUUCGUCCUCCGGAGGGACCUUUCCGCCACGGCCCCCGCGGAGGCCAUGCACGGGGCGCCGCUCGGAGGGGAGCAGCGGCCCGGCGGCGGCUCCCCCCGGCCCCCGGCCCCGCCUCCCCACCCGGCCGGCAUGUUCAUCUCGGCCAGCGGCACCUACGCGGGCCCGGACGGCGGCGGCGGCGGCGGCGGCGGCGGCGGGGGCCCGGCGCUCUUCCCGGUGCUGCACGACGCGCCGGGCGCCCCCGGGGCGCCUCCGCACCCGCUCAACGGCCAGAUGCGCCUGGGGCUGGCGGCGGCCGCGGCGGCCGCGGCGGCCGAGCUGUACGGGCGCGCCGAGCCGCCCUUCGCGCCGCGCUCGGGGGACGCGCACUACGGGGCGGUAGCGGCCGCGGCGGCCGCCGCCCUGCACGGCUACGGCGCCGUGAACUUAAACCUGAACCUGGCGGCGGCCGCGGCGGCGGCGGCGGCGGCGGCGGGGCCCGGGCCCCACCUGCAGCCGCACCACGCGCCGCCCCCGGCGCCCCCGCCGCCGCCCGCGGCCGCGCCGCACCCGCACCCGCACCACCCCCACCUCCCGGGGGCGGCCGGCGCCUUCCUGCGCUACAUGCGGCAGCCAAUCAAGCAGGAGCUCAUCUGCAAGUGGAUCGACCCCGACGAGCUGGCCAGGCCGCCGCCGCCGCCGCCGCCGCCCCCGGCCGCCGCCGCCCAGCCCUGCUCCAAGACUUUCGGCACCAUGCACGAGCUGGUGAACCACGUCACCGUGGAGCACGUGGGCGGCCCCGAGCAGAGCAGCCACGUCUGCUUCUGGGAGGACUGUCCCCGCGAGGGCAAGCCCUUCAAGGCCAAAUACAAGCUCAUCAACCACAUCCGCGUGCACACGGGCGAGAAACCCUUCCCCUGCCCGUUCCCCGGUUGCGGCAAGGUCUUCGCGCGCUCCGAGAACCUCAAGAUCCACAAGCGCACUCAUACAGGGGAAAAGCCUUUCAAAUGUGAAUUUGACGGCUGCGACAGGAAGUUCGCCAACAGCAGUGACCGGAAGAAACAUUCCCACGUCCACACCAGUGACAAGCCGUAUUACUGCAAGAUCCGGGGCUGUGACAAGUCCUAUACGCAUCCCAGUUCACUGAGGAAACACAUGAAAGUGCACUGCAAGUCACCGCCCCCUUCUCCAGGGGCCCUGGGGUACCCUGCAGUGGGCACGCCUGUGGGAGCUCCCCUCUCCCCAGGCCUGGACCCAACCAGGAGUCACUCCAGCACCCUGUCCCCUCAAGUGACCAACCUCAAUGAGUGGUAUGUCUGCCAGGCCAGCGGGGCCCCCAGCCACCUCCGUCCACCUUCCAGCAACGGGACCACGUCUGAGUCUGAAGACGAGGAGAUGUACGAGAACUCGGAGGUGGUUCGGACAGUCCGUUAGACUCGAUGGGUGAUGAUGAUCGGUACGCAAAGAAGUGGCAGUCCCCAGACUCCGUCCUGACCUGAGACGAGCCCGAGCCCAGGACUGGCCACCAACUCUAAUGAGCCCUAUUUAUUCAGUAUGAAACCCUAUGGUGUUUGGACGUUUUAAUUAAUUUAAUUAAGAUAUUUGGGCUCUUUUUUUUCUUAGCAAACAAAUGAAUACACCUAACCAGGCUGGACUUGUACGUG